UAGCUAAUUAACUGUUACUGAAAUAACAAACGCAAAACGGGGUGUCGUGACGUCAUUAACGGGGUUACGCAGGGGUUGACCUCACACUUGUUUUCUUCUCUCUUUGCUGAAGGAAAGUAAACAAAUGGGCGCAGCGGCGUUUACAAGUAAAAAUAUGGAAAAUGUGAUCCAAAGGUGCGGAUUAAAGCGCAUAAAAUGCCUCGACAGAAGACUAGAUAUAAUGUGCGGUUCUCUCCUAAUCGCAUCAAAAAGAUCAUGCAACAAGAUCGUGAGGUGGGGAAGAUUGCCAAGGUGGUUCCUGUGAUAAUCUCGCGGGCACUGGAAAUGUUCCUGAAAUCGCUGCUGACCAAAAGCUGUCUAAUAACCGAAUCGAAGCUCAGCACAGUGAUUUCACUCGCUCACAUGAAGCAGUGCAUUGAGACAGAGCAGCACUUCCACUUCUUGAAGGACCUGGUGGAGCAGGUGACGUCAGCAGCAGCCCAGAAGGACAUUAGAAGCAUGAGCGUGCUGCCGCUGCGCAGAACCAAACAGGACGAGGCUCCUGUUAAAAAGCAGGACGAUGCUGAAGAAACGGUGCAGCGACCGAACCUCGACUCUCUGGACAACAACUCCAGUUCCAGUGAGAUGGAGCUCUACAUCUGCCUGUGACUGUACAACCAGAAAAUAUAUAUAAAUAUGACAGAACUUUUGAGUUUAUUUAUUUGUGAGAAGAAAAGAGAGAAAAAAAACAGCUGAUGUUGAAGUAAAAGUUGUCUUAAAAAACGUUUUGAACAAUUUUAAGACCAUAUAUAGUAUAGUAAUUUGUGUGUGAUUAAAGGUAUUUUUAUUGAUACUGGUUUGUACUUAAGC